UGGUGUUGGUGCUCGCGGGGCCGCGGCGGAGGGCAUCGUGCUACCUGGCUCGCUCCUGCGUGCCCGCAGGUCGGCGCGCUAGCCCAGCUGAGCGGCGACCGGGGCUGCGGGGCUGCGGGGCUGCACUCUCCACUACCGCCCCCUGAGAAGCGGAGACAGCUAGUCCCAGCUUCGGGAUGAGGAGCGGGCGAACUUGACGAGCCCCCCCCCGCCCCACGCUGCGCCUCUCGCGUGCAGAGGUGCGCUGCGCUCUCCAGGAGGUGCCCGCACGCGGCCCUGCUCCAGGGGCUGCAGCCAGAGGUCUGUCGCGCGUGUUUGUUUGCCAAAGGAGCCGCCCCGGGGAGAAGACUCGGGGGGAGUUGUCUCCCCAGGGGAUACCUGCAGCCCAGGCGGGGGGUUCGGGCGGCCUGGAUGCACGGGACCCAGCCCCGCAGCCGCUGACGCCGGGCGGCGGCGAAGUUUGGCUGCUGAGCGGCGCGGCGCGAGGCCACUGGACAGCGGGCAACCAGGCGGCCGCGGCAGCGGGAGCGAUGCCGGUGGGGGGCCUGUUGCCGCUCUUCAGUAGUCCCACGGGCAGCGGCCUGGGAGGCGGCCUGGGUGGGGUGCUCGGCGGCGGCGGCGGCGGCGGCGGCAGGAAGGGGUCGGGCCCCGCCGCCUUCCGCCUGACGGAGAAGUUCGUGCUGCUGUUGGUGUUCAGCGCCUUCAUCACGCUCUGCUUCGGGGCGAUCUUCUUCCUGCCCGACUCUUCCAAGCUGCUCAGCGGGGUCCUGUUCCACUCCAGCCCCGCCCUGCAGCCGCCCGCCGACCACAAGCCCGGGCCCGGGGCGCGCGCCGAGGACGCGGCGGAUGGGCGAGUCCGGCGCGGCGAGGAGGGCGCGCCCGGGGACCCCGCGGCCGCCCUGGAGGACAACUUGGCCAGGAUCCGCGAAAACCACGAGCGGGCUCUGAGGGAAGCCAAGGAGACCCUGCAGAAGCUGCCCGAGGAGAUCCAAAGAGACAUCCUGAUGGAGAAGGAGAAGGUGGCCCAGGACCAGCUGAGUAACAGGGUGGGGUUCAAGAUGCUGCCCCGGGUGUACUUAGCACCCCUCGUCGGGGCUAUUGACCGGGAGCCGGCCGACGCCGCCAUCCGCGAGAAAAGGGAAAAGAUCAAAGAGAUGAUGAAACAUGCUUGGAAUAAUUAUAAACGUUAUGCCUGGGGAAAAAAUGAACUGAAACCUGUAUCUAAAGGAGGCCAUUCAAGCAGUUUGUUUGGUAAUAUCCAAGGAGCAACAAUAGUAGAUGCCCUAGAUACACUUUUUAUUAUGAAAAUGAAAGAUGAAUUUGAAGAGGCAAAAGCGUGGGUUGAAGAAAAUCUAAAUUUUAAUGUGAAUGCUGAAGUUUCUGUUUUUGAAGUAAAUAUACGCUUUGUUGGUGGACUAAUCUCAGCUUACUAUCUGUCUGGAGAAGAGAUAUUUCGAAAGAAAGCAGUGGAACUUGGGGUAAAAUUGCUACCUGCAUUUCAUACUCCCUCUGGAAUACCUUGGGCAUUGCUGAAUAUAAAAAGUGGGAUUGGAAGGAAUUGGCCCUGGGCCUCAGGAGGCAGCAGUAUUUUGGCAGAAUUUGGAACUCUGCAUUUGGAGUUUAUACACUUGAGCUACUUAUCAGGAAACCCCAUCUUUGCUGAUAAGGUAAUGAAUAUUCGAACAGUACUGAACAACCUGGAAAAACCACAAGGCCUAUAUCCUAACUAUCUGAAUCCCAAUAGUGGACAGUGGGCUCAGUAUCAUGUAUCAGUUGGAGGACUUGGAGACAGCUUUUAUGAAUAUUUGCUAAAGGCAUGGUUAAUGUCUGACAAGACAGAUCUACAAGCUAAGAAGAUGUAUUUUGAUGCUAUUAAGGCAAUUGAGACUCACUUGAUCCGGAAGUCACGUAACGGACUGACUUACAUCGCAGAGUGGAAAGGGGGCCUCCUGGAACACAAGAUGGGCCAUCUGACCUGCUUUGCGGGAGGCAUGUUUGCGCUCGGGGCAGACGACGCUCCUGAGGGUCUGACCCAACACUACCUUCAACUCGGGGCUGAAAUUGCCCGUACCUGUCAUGAAUCUUACAAUCGCACAUUUGUGAAACUGGGACCAGAAGCUUUCAGAUUUGAUGGUGGUGUUGAAGCCAUUGCUACGAGGCAAAAUGAAAAAUAUUACAUCCUACGGCCAGAAGUUGUUGAGACUUACAUGUACAUGUGGCGACUGACUCAUGAUCCAAAGUACAGGAAAUGGGCCUGGGAAGCUGUAGAGGCCCUGGAGAAACACUGCAGAGUGAAGGGAGGCUACUCAGGCCUCAGGGAUGUUUACUUCCAUAAGGAGAGCUACGAUGAUGUGCAGCAGAGUUUUUUCCUGGCAGAGACACUAAAAUAUUUGUACUUAAUAUUUUCUGAUGAUGACCUACUGCCACUGGAACAUUGGAUCUUCAAUACCGAGGCACAUCUUCUCCCUGUACUCUCUAGGAAUAUAAAGAAAGUUGAAGUCAAUGAGAAAUAAAAAGACAUCUUAUAUUUUACUCUCCUCCGCUCCCUUCGCUGCAUACCUUAAUAAUUCUUUUCCUGGUGAUCAGGCACACGAUGAAUUUUUAUUAAUAGGUCUGUGAUUAUUCUAAGUUUUAAAUUUGUUUUGCAGUCUUUUAUGUUUAUUAUCAUAGGCAUAGAUGCAACUAAAUUCCUUAUUUUCUCCUUUAUUAUUCAGUCAGUGAAUCACAGGUUUUUUUGUUUCGUUUUGUUUAAGUAAUCUGUUAUCUCUAGAGUUCAUGAAGAUGUAGUAUCAUUUUUAUUAAACUGAAUAGAAUGGUAUACCAAUGACCUCUUAAUUACAAUUUUGAUUUGACUGCAAAACUUUUUCCUCCUCUAUGAGGAGAUGAUGUCUGCUUUAAGCUGUAAUGUUUUGCCAUGUUGCAAAAAGCCAUAAGAAUAAAUUAAAUAAUAAAAAAGCUUUUUCCUUUUCAAUUUCAUGUUAAUCUGGUUUGUCUAUCUACCAGAGACAGAUCUUAUAACUGUGACAGCCUCCUUAUGCGGGUCUAUCAUUAUUUGAUAGAAUGUCUUCUAAAAUACUUUACUCACAUUGUAAUUCAAAUUAGAAUGUCAUCCCAAAAGGAUCAUCUCCUGUUGACCUCAUUUCAUUGGAUCCAUGGUAUAUUUUUGUUGGUUAAUUAUAUCAGUGUUUCCUAAUUUGGGAAUUAGUUCUCAAGGUUUACUUUAAAUGCCCUGUGUCAUGUCUGGAUCAUGUACUGGUUAACUUCUUCCAUUCUCUACUACACAGUGACGUGAGCUUUCCAGUUUUGUAGAGCUCUGCUAUUACCAAAUUAUAUUUUUUAAAAGGAAAUUGUAUAACUUUUAGUAUGUUAGCUUUUGCUUUUAUCUGAAUACAUGAAGAAAUUGGGACUCUCUCUGAAGAGAGGGUGAGUAUUUCAUAUGGUUUUUUGUUUGCAUUUCAUCUUUUUUUUUCCUUGAAAAAAAAGAAACCAUUGCAUUUGGUUCAGGUUUUUCAGACUUGAAAAGAGCCCUUUCUCAAAUGUAGUAAAUUAUUUCAUUUCAGUUUAUGAAAGCAGGAUUUAACUCUGAAAGAAUUUUUGCCAGUGUAUCUAUUCAUGGUCAAUUGAGGAAACUCUAAUAGACUUUUAGGCCAAAUUAGGAUAUCAUAUAUUUUGUCUGGUUAAAUUCAACCUAGUGACCUCCACUUAGAAAAAUACAUAGGAAUGGACACUCCCAGUCCCCUACAAUCCUAUAGCAGAUCCAAAUAAUUAUAAUUAUAUUAUUCUUCAGAGUGUUUUUUUGAAAUAUGAAUGGUUUUCCCAAGAACAUAUUUGGUGACACCUUGUGUUUUCUUAUCAUAUUGGUUCCUAUUUUAUGACUGUUCCCAUGAAAGGGCUAAUAUGUUGCGUAUACUGAAGUACAAAGAUUUUGACCACCUGCAUUUUCAGCUACAGUGGUCAAAUAGAUCAGUGCAACCCCAAGGAUUAGGCUGAAGCAGAUGAACUUGAGGCAUUUGUAGUUUAAAUAUUGUUCAAUAUCAGCAAUUUCAUGUGAUCCAACCUAAUAUUUUUUAAGGCAGUUAUUUUCUUAGAUCUCAAUAGACUUAGUUGUUUUAGCUAUUUCAGCUUUUGGAGGUGUUUCAAAAGAUUUCCUUUGUCUGAAAGGACCACCUUGUGUGACCUGCCCUUUUUUUCAGUGUUAUUCAUUGGUAUAUAUCAAAGAAUAAAUCAAUAAAAUGAGUAAGUGAAAAAAGCCCUUUAGUAUAUCAUGAUUGCUAUUCCCAGGACUUAAAGGCAAAACAUAGAAGAUACUUGUUAAAAUCGGGCCAUAUGUAUUUAGAUUAUAAUUUUCAUAUGAAUGUCCUUGGACUAGUAAUUUAAAUUAAUUUAUUUUCCUUGCUUUCCAAUCUGAUUUGAAAGAGCACAAGCUGAUAGGUAUUUCUGCAGCAGAUAGAAUAUUAAAAUCAGGUUAUAUGUACACACUGCACUAUGAUGUACCUUUUGUAUUCUGGUAUAAAUAGGCAAGAAGAUCAUACUAUGUGUUGCUUGGCCAGUGGCAAAAACAAAUUUAUUUCAGUUCUAUGACUUGGAUUUUUUAACAAAGCCCAAAACACCAAAAAUGUAAACAAGAUAAGAGAUUAAUAUUAUGGUGAUAUAAUUUAAGUAAAGUUAUAUUUUGUUUAUUUUAAACAACUGAAGUCCUUAGGUAGAUGCUGUCUUUCAUUCAUUUUCAGCAAAAACUGUGCAAUUAAGUUUACAUAUGUUUUCACAUCCAAAAGGUGAAUAAUUAAAAUAGCACUUAAUUUUGUGUUUCUGCAUAUGUUUUGGUAUACAUCGUGCAAUUAAUAUUACACAUGUAAGUUGUAUGGCAGUUUACAGAACUCCGUGAUGUUUAUCAUAAUGCCUUCACGUGUACUACCAGUUCUUUCCAUUGAUUGUUUUUGAUUUGUACUUAAAUCCAUUCUGUCAUUUCCGACUUUAUAUGAAUCUCUAGUGUUAUGGGAAACAUAAUAGAUUGACACAUAAUUUUUAAAAACUAUAUUUGUAAAAUUUCUCUAUUGUAAAUAAAGCCUUUUAAUAUAUC